GAGAGGUACCUGUCCCUCCAGAAGGAGAGCGAACGCAUGCCCCAGGCGCGCUUCGGCCAGAGAGGCUGCGCGCUCAAGAAGAUCUUCGAGGAGAGUGUGCAGGAGAUUAAGCAGUUCGCCGUGCGAGAGGAUGACGUUUGGGUCGUCACGCCCCCGAAAUGUGGAACAACGUGGACUGGAGAGAUGGUGUGGCUUCUUGUGCACGACUUGGAUUACAAGACGGCAAAGGAACAUAACUUAAAGAUAAGAUUUCCAUACAUGGAAUUCAGUCGUACCAAAGGAAGCAAAACAAGAAAAGAGAACGUAAAUGGCUUAGACACAGUCCACCAAGCUGCUAAUAUUUCGUCACCACGCUGUAUUCAGAGCCACUUGCCGAAAGAUCUUCUUCCAGAUGAAUUAUGGACGAAAAGGCCCAAGAUCAUCUAUGUAGCUCGGGAACCAAAGGAUACUGCUGUCUCAUUCUUCUAUUUCAACCAACUUAUUUACGAAUUUCGUGGAGAUAAGGAAUUCUUUUUUAAAUGCUUUUAUGAAGAUAUUGUGCGAUACGCGCCAUUUUGGGAACACGUGCUGGAUUUCUGGAAACUUAAGGACGAACCGCAUAUUCUCUUUAACACAUACGAGGAAAUGAAAACGAAUCUUCCUUCCGUGAUACGACGAACAGCCAAGUUUUUGGGGAAAGAUAUAACCGAGGAACAAGUAUUGCGCCUUGCGGAACAUUUGGAUUUUAAACAAAUGAAGUUGAAUCGUUCCGUGAAUCUGGAGGAGGAAUUAUCGAUAAUGCGAGAAGAUGGGAAAAUAACUGAAGAGCAAAAGUUCAUUCGUAAGGGCGUAGUUGGGGAAGGCCGCCGAGAGAUGUCGCUCGAAAUGGCGGCGCUAUUUGACGAACGCACGCGGCGGGUGUUCAACAAACACAUCGGCUGCCCUUGGAACAUUUGAGCAUGUUUUCUGCUGGCAGUACUCUUUCUUUUCUGUUGUAAGCAUAGUGUUAUGGACAGUAGCAGCCCCAUUAUGAUUGUAAAGACUGUCUUUCUGGUAUUAUAUUCAGUUGACCGCAAGACCUGACCUACUCCGUAUGGAUUUGUGAAGUGGAGCACUUCAAAAAAUGAAUCUCAAAUUUUCGUCGACACUAGCCUAUUUUUAAUGUUUCUCGGAGACAAAAUAAUAAUUUUUUUAAAUGUUAAUUUAAGUAAAGAUAUAAAUUAUUUA